UCUCUCUCUCUCAUCCAAUAAUUUGAUUUCAAUUCUCCAACAAAAGAAACACAGCCUGGGCUUACUCCCAACCAUAAGAACCAUGCUCUGCUUUCGCUUUCUUCCAACUUCCCAUCCUUAAGAUGCUUGCUUUCCUGCUCCCACUCUCCCACUCUCUCUCCCUCGGCUUCCACUCUCAUGAACCCACCUCCUCGGUCGUAUAGUGGGCUCGGGCGGUGGUGGAGGAGAUGGACUUCGGUGAGGUGGUGAGCAUGGAUGGGUUGGUGGGCGCCUCCUCUUCCGAGGGCGGUAACCUCUUCUCUUCUUCCCUGACCUCCCAAGACACCCAAGUCAGCAGGCAAAGAGGAUUCUUUGGAUCCAUUUUCCACAAGCAUGACAGGCCUGCUGAACCUGAGGACUGCGACUGGAGAUCCCUCAAGAUGGCCAGGACCGAAGCAUUGGUGGCGGCACCAACAAAGACACCUCAUUUCCUCAGAUCCGACUCCCAUCACCUCUUUCCUGACGGAGAACAUAUGCUCAGCUUCUCGUCCACGUCCAAGCAGAGUGACAUGGCUGUCUCUGGUGAUGCGACCUUGCCUUACCACAUCCGCCCGUCGGCGCCUUCUCCAACGGGGUGUUAUCUCAGGAAUGCAGGCUUGUUUUCCGCAACCUCUCAUGCGAGCAUGCAAGGGGUUCUUGCGAGGGUUAGGGGACCCUUCACUCCAUCUCAGUGGCUGGAGCUGGAACACCAGGCCUUGAUCUACAAGUACCUUGUUGUGAAUGUCCCCAUACCGGCCACUCUGCUCGUUCCUAUCAGAAGAAGCCUCAACGCGUCUGGGUUCCCUUCCUUGUCUUCUGGAUCUUUUGAUUCAGCAGUUGGAUGGGGACAAUUCCAUGUGGGAUUUUCUGGAAAUGCUGAUCCAGAGCCUGGUAGAUGCCGUCGGACUGAUGGGAAGAAAUGGCGGUGCUCGAGGGAUGCAGUUGCUGACCAGAAGUACUGUGAACGACACAUGAACCGAGGCCGCCAUCGUUCAAGAAAGCAUGUGGAAGGCCACACUGGCCAUGCCGCGAAAGCGAUGCCUGCCAUCGCAUCUUCACAGUCAGCUUCAGCUGUUCCUGAUGGCACUUUGUCUGCUAGCCUCACCAUUUCACAGCAUGAGAACAAAAAAUUACAGUCAAACAUCACUGAUCCUCACCCUGUGCAGCUCAAUGGGGUGCUGAUGAGCAAAGAAGAUCGAAAUGAUUGUUUGCGGAAUUUGAAGGGCUUGUCUAUGCUGAACCCUGCAAACCAGAAUUCCCUUAAUAACUCGUUCUCUCUCUCAAAGCAACACAAUCCCUUCGGGGAGACCUCCUCGAGAACAGACUUUGGGCUCAUUUCUGCUGAUUCACUUUUGAAUCCCUCAGUUAGUUCAUUCUCUGACAACAUCGGUUUAAUACCGAACACAAAGCUUAAUGACCAGCAGUCCAAUUCCCAUGCCUUCCGACACUUCAUUGAUGUCUGUCCCAAAUCCCAAUCUGAUCACUCAACUGUUACCUGGCCUGAGAUAGAAGAAACACAAUCUGAUAGAACCCAGCUCUCUAUCUCAAUCCCCAUGUCUUGUUCUGACUUCUCAUCUUCCUCCUCAUCUAACCAUGACAAACUGGCACUUUCACCUCUCAAGUUAUCCAGGGAACAUGAUCCGAUCCCCAUGGGUCUUGGAGUAGGACUGCUGAAUGAAGUGUGCCAUCGACAGGCUAGUUGGAGACCAAUCUCCUGGGAGGCCUCCAUGGCUGGACCUCUAGGGGAGGUUCUGACGAGCACCAACAGCAGCACUCCCAAGGACCAAAGCAAGAACUGCUCAUCAUCUCUAAACUUACUGUGUGACAAUUGGGAUUCAAGCCGUCAGUUGGAAUCCUCGCCGACAGGUGUCUUACAGAAAGCUUCGUUUGGUUCACUGUCGAGCAGCAAUGGCAGUAGCCCCAGGGUGGAGAACCUCAAAAUUCAUGAGAGCACCGGCAAACUGUGCAACGAACUCCUUGGUUCGGCUGUUGUAAACACCCCCACCAUCCCCUCACUGUGACCAUUCGAGAGGUCUGCAAAGAGAAGUGUCAGCAUCAGAGAGAAAGAAAAUGAGAUGAUCCCUGUUGGCAACUAGUGGUAAUUCUGCUAAUCAAGGACUAGGAACCAUCGAGUUGUAGUUUUCUAGCGGUGUUGUUUAUUUGUUCUUUUGUUUCUGUACCAUGUCCUAAAUCCAGAAACAGCUAUGUAUGACUUCAUACUGUUGCCUCUUAAGAACAGAUGCUAAGCUUAAAAUGCCUGGUGUUUGCUCU